AGUGUAAAAGUAAAUAAUUCAGUAAAAAAAGCUGGAAAUUUUACGCGUAUUUUUGUUUAGCUUGUUAUAUCUAUGUAAUUCAUUAUUUUUAGCAAGUUAAAAGGCUGUUAUGCUAGCUUGCAAAUGUUAGCAUAACAUUUUUGUGAUGGAUAGUAACUUAUGAAUCUAUUUACGAUCAAAAAAUAGACUUGGUUGCUAAUGUUUUAGCUUAAAAAAACCCGUUGAUGAUAUUCUGCAACAGUUAUCAUUUCUGGUCUUGAACGUGUACUGUUUGUUUUGCUGGACCGGCUCCUAACUUUGAUUCCGCAGUGGAUUAAACCUAUCAUUCAACAUUCUAUGGACUUUUGACACCAUGGCUGCUAUAGUAUUAACCCGGGUUAUAAGCAGGACUUUACUGUCGACUUCUAGAGGGAUCCGGACCAAAGGGGGACACCGGUACUACUGGACACCUCUGAGGAAAACUGCAUUAAAAACUGGAAGAGCUGCAUUCUUUCUUGGACCUUCUGCCCUCUCCUUUUUGGGAUAUGAGGCUUAUCUCAGAGUGCAAAGUUCAGCUGUGGUCCAUGCUUUGGAAAGAGAUGAGUUGUUGGAACAGGCUGACUACCUUUACAGCUGUGCAGAAACAGAGAAACUCUACCAACUUCUGCUGGAACACAAGGACAGUGAUGAUGCAGAGUUCCUUUGGAGGUUGGCCCGGGCGUCACGUGACCUGUCCCUCCUGCCCGACAUGGACGCCACACGGAAGAAACAGCUGACCUACGAGGCCUUCGAAUACGCAAAGAGGGCGUUGGAAAAAGAUGAGCAGUGUUUCGCAGCUCACAAAUGGUACGCCGUGUGUCUCAGCGAUGUCGGCAAUUACGAAGGAGUGAAGGUGAAAAUUGGAAACUCGUACAUCAUCAGGGACCAUCUAGAGAAAGCUGUCGAACUCAAUCCCAAAGACGCCACUUCAAUCCACAUCCUGGGAUACUGGUGUUUCGCCUUCGCUGAACUUCCUUGGUAUCAACGUAAAGUGGCCGCAGUGAUUUUCGCGUCUCCUCCGGUGUCGACGUACGAGGAGGCGCUGGAAUUCUUCCUGAAAGCUGAAGAAGUUGAUCCGAACUUUUACAGUAAAAACCUGCUGAUGCUCGGGAAGACGUACCUGGGCAUGAACGACAAGGAAAAAGCAAUUCUGUGGUUGAAAAAAGCCAAGGACUAUCCGGCUCGUACGCUGGAGGAUAAAGAGGUUCAUAAAGAAGCCGUCGACCUGUUAAAAAAACUGGGAUGAAGGUGGAGUUUGACCAUGACCUCAGAGUCUUUUAGACAGUUAAUAACUACUGAAUGGAAAUAAAAGAUAUCUGUAUAUAAUAUUAUAAUUAUUAAUAGAAGACGAGUGAAUGAAACGACUGUUAAUCCUUUAAUAUUUUAAGUAAAAUGUGGAAUCAAAUGGACAGGAAGUGGAUGAAAAACAUGGAGUUUAAUCCUCAUUUUUGUACACGUUGUCUUUUACGAUUUGUUGAUCAUUAUAUCUGUGUUACAGUUUAUGGCUUUUAUGUUUUUUUGGGUUUUUUUGUAAUUUUUUAAUCAUGUCAGUUACUCAUACAGGUCUGUUGUAAACAAAAAUGCACAUGCAAAAAAUCUGCCAUAAAAUCAUCAUUUAUCAAUAUUUUUCUGCUUUUUUCUCUGUAUAAAUCUUUAAAACCAUUUCAUUUCUGUUCAAACUAACCACAUGUUCAAUAAUUUUCUGAAUUUUAACCCUUUAAACGCCUGUUUGAAUACAUGAUCACACUUGUUUUGUGUUGCUUUUUUAAUAAAACAUGAGAUAUUUUCCAUUA